AUGAACGCAAGCGAGGACGGCGCCCGCCGCCGCCGCCGUUCCCAAACCCACGACGAGGCAGACGGAGUGGCCCGCCUCCAUCCUCAGGUUCACGCGGGCGAGGAGGGAGCGGGAGUGGCUCGCGGGCGCCGUACGCGCCCCCGCGCCCGCCCUCGUUCCCAGAUCCACGCGACCGGCGAGGGCGCCGGAGUGAUCUGUUGCGUCAGCAUUCCGGCGGCGCUGGCCUCGCCGUUCGAAGACGACGACCUCCUGAGGGAGAUUCUCCUCCGUCUCCCGCCGCAGCCCUCCUCGCUACUCCGGGCCUCCGCCGUCUGCAAGCAGUGGCGAUGCGCCGCCACCGACCCCAAGUUUCUCCACCGCUUCCGCACGCACCACCGGAAGCCGCCCCUCCUCGGCGUCUUUCACGUGCGCAACAGGGAUGAUAUCGUCUUCACCCCAAUACUGGACGCACCCGACCGCAUCCCUCCUCAGCGAUUCGACCUUAUUAGCAGCACGGAGGUGGUGCUCUUACUGCUCGAUUGUCGCCACGGUCGCGUCCUUCUCAUUGACGUGAAGCGGGAUGAGGCCAUCGUGUCCACCCCCAUCACCGGCGAGCAGCGCCACCUGCCAAUUCCGUCGGAGUUCGAAUUCACCGAUGAUGUCAACGGGGCUGUGCUCUGCGCUGCCAGCGACCAUGACCAUGUGCACGGAAGCUGCCACUCGAGCCCCUUCAAGGUAGUGUUGAUCUCCGAUGUUGGAGAGGAUAAUCGAUUCUUUGCUUGUGUUUACUCCUCGGAGACUGGAGUAUGGAGUGAUAUCAUCUCAACAGCCGUUCCACCUGUAACUUUUUGUGCUGAUACCCCUGGGGUGCUUGUUGGUAAUGCACUUUACUGGUUGAUGGAUUUUAUGACCGAUGACAUACUUGAGUUUGAUUUGGAUCAGCAGAGCCUAGCUGUGAUCAAGGGGCCUCCCAUUACAGAUGAUUUCCGCCAUGCCAGCCAUUGGAUCGUCCAGGCUGAGGAUGGUGCUGUUGGCUUCGCCAUAUUGACUUGCAGUCACUUACAAAUGUGGCAGAGGAUUAUAAAUGUCCAUGGUGUUGCCACAUGGGUGUUAUGGAAGACCAUUGACAUGCAUACCAUUCAUGGGCUCCCUCCCCAGAUUGAAGGAGAGAAGACACACAUGAUACGUAUAGCGGGAUGCAUUGAGGAUACUGAUGGUAUAUAUCUAUUUGUAGGCUGUGAUGUCUAUAUGGUUCAACUUAAUUCGAUGCAGUCUAGGAAACUUUGUGAAAACCGUGGUUAUACUUACUAUCAUUCGUUCAAGAGUUUCUAUCCGCCAGCACAACCAUUGCUGGUGCAUGCGAUGGAGCUGAAAUGUUGCACGAUACAUAGGAUGACUGUCUGGUUUGAUGUUCUAAUGUGCUGA